UUAUCGAUGGCGGACGCAAUCAAUCGACGCUGUGGGCAAAGCUUUCAUUUAACAAUAACAUUCAUUGGGAAAUCCAUUUAAAUUACAAUGAUUGGUCACAUGGGCAAGAUGUUGCCCACCAAUGGCAACUGGAUCCCGGAGUCGCGUCGCUUUCCGCAGGACGUGCUGGGCGACAUGCUGGAAGGACUGUGCCGCGACAUGCCAAACCUAAGCCCCAUGGAGUGCCAGGCGCUGGACGCACUGCAAGUCAGAUGUAUGGCGAAGCUGGCUAACCGCCAGCCGGAAUCGAAUCCCCUACCGCCAGUGCCAAAGAAGUCCCGUCGCCAGGUAGAGAAAAAGGCUCCGCAGCAGCAGCAAGAGGAGCGCGAGGAGCACUGCAUCUACGAUGUGGACGACAGCGAGAUGGUCAGCAAUCGCAUCUACAUUCCGCGAUUGCGUGCCACUUGGAAACUCCGGCACUUCGACAUCGUAAUGCCCGCCUUUGUUAUCAAGCAGGGCCUAUUGAAUAAGCACUUUCACUGGGAGAUUCUCAACAAGAUAAUGGAAACCCCCGACGCUGAGGGCCAAGCCGAGUUUCAGAAAUUUGUGGACGAAGUGGUCACGAAGUUGACCACAUUCGAAAAUGUAACCAAUUAAAAUCAAACAUAUAGAGAAGCAAAAGCAUAGCUAAUAAACUAUACGACGGAGACAUGGGUCUCUUGUGGCAAAUCAAAAA